UUCAACGAUGCCUCGAGACUAUUUUGGAUUUUCCUAUGUGAAAAGAGAUGCCAUGAAUAACACGAGCAGUAUAGCAAUCAACAAUCCAGCGGAUAUAUCUGUCAUUGUGAUUUAUUUUUUGGUGGUAUUGGCUGUCGGACUAUGGGCUAUGGUUCGCACCAACCGCGCCACUGUCGGUGGCUUCUUCCUCGCAGGCAGAAGUAUGGUUUGGUGGCCGAUUGGAGCAUCUCUUUUCGCCAGUAACAUUGGAAGUGGGCACUUUGUGGGAAUUGCCGGGACUGCUGCUGCUACUGGAAUAGCCACUGGUGGAUUUGAAUGGAAUGCCCUGAUUGUUGUGGUCCUCCUGGGUUGGCUAUUUGUUCCUAUCUACAUUAAAGCUGGGGUGGUCACCAUGCCUGAGUACCUUAAGAAGAGGUUUGGAGGUCAACGCAUUCGUAUCUACCUCUCCGUGCUGUCCCUCUUCCUGUAUAUUUUCACCAAGAUCUCAGCAGACUUGUUCUCCGGCGCCAUUUUUAUCAACCUGGCCCUCGGCCUGAACAUCUACCUGGCUGUUGUGGCCUUGCUUGUGGUAACGGCCUUGUACACCGUUACAGGUGGCUUGGCGGCAGUGAUAUACACAGACACCUUACAAACCAUCAUUAUGAUCGUCGGAUCAUUCAUUCUCAUGGGCUUUGCCUUCAAUGAAGUUGGCGGCUAUGAAAACUUCCAAGAACGCUACAUGAACGCCAUUCCCUCCAUUACGGGGAACAUCAGCAAGAGUUGCUAUGAGCCUCGGCAGGACUCCUUCCACAUUUUUAGGGACGCCAUUACAGGAGACCUGCCAUGGCCUGGCUUAGUGUUUGGGCUUACUAUUCAAGCCUUGUGGUAUUGGUGCACUGAUCAGGUGAUCGUGCAGCGUUGCCUGUCAGGAAAGAAUUUAUCCCACGUUAAAGGUGGCUGCAUUUUAUGCGGCUACCUAAAGCUGGUGCCCAUGUUCAUCAUUGUUUUCCCUGGAAUGAUCAGCAGGAUCCUGUACACUGACGUUGUGGCGUGCGUCGACCCGAAUGAAUGUAUAAAACACUGUGGGACCAGCGUGGGCUGCACAAACAUUGCUUAUCCCAAACUAGUGGUGAAUCUGAUGCCCGACGGUCUACGUGGCCUCAUGCUGUCGGUCAUGCUAGCCUCGCUUAUGAGUUCCCUAACCUCCAUCUUCAACAGCGCCAGCACUCUGUUCACCAUGGACAUCUACACCAAGAUUCGUCCUUCCGCUUCUGAGAAGGAGCUCAUGAUCAUUGGCAGGUUAAAAAAAUUGUUUGACGUGAACCAAUUGUUUUGGCUCAGCUUCAACUGCCACUGUGCUUGCAUUUAUUGCAGGGCAUUUAUCUUGGUACUUAUUGGUGUAAGCAUAGCGUGGAUUCCAGUGGUCCAGUCGGCUCAGAGCGGUCAGCUUUUUGACUACAUCCAGGCCAUCACUGGCUAUCUCACGCCACCUGUCGCUGCCGUUUUCAUACUGGGCAUCUUCUGCAAGCGAGUCAAUGAGUCUGGUGCCUUUUACGGUCUCACCAUCGGGCUCGUAAUCGGCCUAACCAGGAUGAUCGCAGAGUUUGUUUACGGCACAGGUAGCUGUGUGGAGCCCAGUGACUGUCCCACCAUCAUAUGUGGAGUUCACUAUCUCUACUUCGCCAUCAUCCUCUUUGUGCUCUCCUGCAUCAUUAUUCUCGGCGUGUCCCUUGUGACCAAACCCAUUCCAGACAAACACUUGUAUCGACUGUGUUGGAGCCUGAGGAACUCUACUGAAGAGAGAGUCGAUCUGGAGAAAGAAGACUGGGUGGAAAAUGUCAACAACAUGGAAAUAGAGGAACCAGAGGAGGAACCAGGUUUUUGCAAGAAGACACUGGAGUGUUUCUGUGGCCUGGAGCAAAAAAAAGCUCCAAAGCUGAGCAAAGAGGAGGAGGCGGAGCUGCAGAAGAAGCUCACGGACACAACCGAAGUGCCGCUCUGGAGGAAUGUUGUCAAUAUCAAUGCUAUCCUCCUCCUUUGUGUAGCAGUCUUCUUUCAUGGGUUUUACGGCUAAAUGCAGGAUUUACUGCAUAUACAGUAUGUUUGUGAGUAUACAUACUGUGUACAUCAAUGUCUGUACAGUUUAUGGACUGUAUAUGUUUAUACUGUAUGCACAUAUGUAUGCAUAUACUGUAUAUACAUACACAAGUACAUACACAAAUUUAAUAUUCCAUAUAUAGGGCAUAAUACAGUAUAUUGUACAAAUAGAUCCACCACUGCUUCAAAUGUGCAUUUAGUAAUAUUUAAAAUGUAUUUAAUUUUCAAAUAAUUUUGGAAAAGUAUCAAAUAAACAUCAGACACCAUAAAGAGAGAUCAUUUAAAAGGUUAUUCUAUUUAUUUAAAAAAAAAAAAACAUGACUGAUGUAAUAAACGUGAUAUUUAAAUGAAAUUACAGUUCCAGCACCAUAUGUAGCUCUGGUGCUGAUUUGGUUCACUUUCAUCUUUUCAUCAAAAUUCAUUUUUAUCAGAAAGUUUGAUUAAAUAAAUUAAAAUGUAUGAACAUAUCCUACACUGUCUUUUAUGGAUUCAGUGUCAAUUUAUCAUUUGACACGAGGGAAAAAAUCGUGCACGAGCCGAUAUCUUUGUAUAUUUGUGCUACCUCAGUUCUCCACCUUGUAUUAUGGAGGCUCAAAGUCAGCAUUAAUUUCCGCGUUAAUGUAUUUUCAAAAAUCAUAAUUUGUAUUUAGAGCUUGCAAAAACAAUCCUACAGAUUUCACGCAUGACAUUUCAGCAUUUCACCAUAAAGGUUUAUCCUGAGAUGUCAC